AUCAUCAUCAUAAAAAAAGCUCAAGACAGAUGAUGGAUUCAUCCAGUAAUGAAAGCAUCACUAUUUCUCUUCUUCACAAUGAUCAACCACACCAAAAACCCUUUCCACCAAAUAACCCAAAAACCAAAAAACUCAAGACCCUAAUCUUCUUUGCUCUUGUUGUUCUAGUGACCACCCUCUUCAUAGCAGCUGGCACCAUCAUCACGUCUCCCUCGUCCCUCAAGCGCAACGACACUCCCCGCCUCUCCGCCUCCGCUCAAUAUUACUACUGCAACCUAACACCCCACGACGAAUUGUGCUUCGCCGCCAUGUCUUCCACCGUCAACGCCACCGCCUUCCGGUCCAACCCCGCCCUAAUUUUCUCAACCGCUCUCCGCGCCGCCUUCGAGGAACUCAAUAACACCGCCACGUCCUUAACCAAAGCUCUUGACCGGUCGAACGCCAGCCAUAAGCCUUUGGGCGCUAGGCUGGCGUUGUCGCGGUGCCAAUCAUUGGUGCACAACUCAAUGAGUCGCGUUAAUGAGUCGGUGGGCCUACUCGGCGUUGACUCGUCGAGCAUGGGGGGAUUGACUUUUGAGGAGGCGGGCGCCAUUGGGGUUGGGAUGAGGUUCGCGGCGAGAUGUGUUGGUAAGUGUUUGUUGGGAUUGAAGGAGGUUGGUGGUGAGGAUGAUGAGGAGAUGGGAGUUGAGAAAGCACAUAAACAUAUUGUUAAUGCAAUGUGGUUGUUUAGAAGGAGAGAAUCCAUACUCCUUGAUGUCUAUGGUCCUCCUUUGAUGAUUGAGACUGAUCACUACUAUAAUUACCCUGUUGAAUAUAGGUUUUUGGUUUGUAUGUAUUCUUUGGGGUACUUAUUCAUUGGCUUGCUUUAUUGUGCAAUAUGGAGAAGCAAAUGAGCAGUAUUAAUUAUAUGCAUAACUUUUUCUACAUUACUCUUGUCUCAAUGGUUUACUCCUCAUGUUUUCCAAAAAAAAAGGUUUACUCAUAAU